AUGUCUAACUCUUUGGAACAGCUCAAAGCAACCGGAACAGUUAUUGUUACCGACACUGGUGAAUUCGAGUCGAUUGCCAAGUACACCCCUCAGGAUGCUACCACUAAUCCUUCCUUGAUUUUGGCUGCCACUAAGAAGGAGGAGUAUGCCAAGUUGGUGGACGUAGCAAUUGAUUACGCUAAAGAUAAAGGCUCGACUCCAAAGGAGAAAGCAUCGAUUGCGUUAGACCGCUUGUUGGUAGAAUUCGGAAAGGAAAUCUUGAAGAUAGUACCAGGCCGUGUCUCAACUGAAGUGGAUGCAAGCUUGUCAUUCAACAAAGAUGCUACCGUUAAAAAAGCCCUUGAAAUAAUUGACUUAUAUGAGUCAAUUGGAAUCUCUAAGGACAGAGUCCUUAUCAAGAUAGCUUCCACGUGGGAGGGAAUUCAGGCUGCCAAGGAAUUGGAAGAGAAGCAUGAUAUUCACUGCAACCUCACUUUGUUGUUCUCCUUCGUUCAAGCCGUCGCUUGUGCUGAGGCUAAAGUGACUUUGAUCUCGCCAUUCGUGGGUAGAAUCUUGGAUUGGUACAAGGCUUCGACAGGCAAGGAGUACGAUGGUGAAUCCGACCCUGGUGUUAUCUCCGUCAGGAAAAUUUACAACUACUACAAGAAGUUCGGUUACAAGACAAUUGUAAUGGGAGCUUCUUUCAGAAACACAGGUGAAAUCAAGGCCUUAGCUGGUUGCGACUUCUUGACUGUAGCACCUAAGUUGCUCGAGGAAUUGAUGAACCUGAACGAGCCCGUUUCUAAAGUUUUGGAUGAAGCUAAGGCCGGUAGUACCCAAGAAGACAAAGUUUCAUUCAUUAACGACGAGGCGUACUUUAGGUUUUUGUUCAAUGAGGAUGCUAUGGCUACCGAGAAGUUAGCUCAAGGCAUCAGAAGUUUCGCGAAGGACGCUCUGACAUUGCUUACCCAAUUGGAGGCAAAAUUCCAGUAA